AAUACACAAUAAUGUUAGCGACUGGGGUUCUUUAUACUUGUCAUCCAUUCCUGCUUCACGGAAGGUCUGCUUUCGCCAGAGGAGUUUUUCGAGGUCAUCGCCCUCCGAGGUCACAGUAGAACUGCUUUAUUGCUGGACACCCUCUGAGUCAAUACUUGAUGUAGCCAAACCAGAUGCUUGUGUUUUCACCGUGGGAAAGGUGAUUCAUCUACCAAGGGAAGCCGCAAGUAAUCAGAUACAAAUUGGAGACGUUGUGUGCGGCGUUAUGGCGUCUGGACGAGUUUCUCGUUCCGUUCCCAUGCAAGUCAGGAACAUUUUUGUAAAGCCAGCUAUUUUGACGCAAGAACAAGCAACAUACAUCCCUGCCUGCCUUGCCAUAGCCUUUCACGCCCUACAACGGAUAGGAACGAUGGAAGAAAAGAAGAAGUUACUGAUUCAUCAGGCUCACCGUGGCCCUGGGCCUGUGGCAGUUGCCCUUGCAAAAGCAUUGGGUCAUGAAGUAUUUUGCACUAUCUCAGAUACUUGUCAAUCGGUGACAGAAUCCACCCUUCUAGAGCUGGGAGCAAAGAGUGUAGCACAUCAGAGUCUCACUAGUUUUGAAAAUGAUUCCAUCGACGCUUUUGAUGCAGUUUUGUUUUUCUACCCACCCUCUCCGAACGCUCUCCAAAAAAGCAGUCGACGUCUUAAACGUGGAGGAAAAGUCGUUAUCUUGGGAGCCGAAUUUGAUGGUGCCGUCGUGUUCCCUGCAAAGAAAAACGUCCUGUAUGUAAGAGAAAGCAUUUCAGAUAUCAUACGAUCAUCGAAGACUUAUCAAAAGCUCAGCUUAGAGAGUCUAGAGCUGCUGAAAGGUAGUAGAGUUCUGCAAAAGCUUCUGGAACUCAAGUUACUAUCGACAGACAUACCCACGGCAAUUGAAGCUGCAAACAAAGCCACUCUGAAAGACUCACCUCCAAAAAGGGUCCUGAGAGAAUUUCGAGGCAUUUCUUUUCUGGUUCACUCUUUUGCACCAUCUGAAGGAGGCAAUGAUCUUCUAACGAUCCCCGUGCUUCCACGAGGUCUGGAUGUGUGUGGUCUCAAAGAAAACAGAACGUACUUGGUGGCUGGGGGGACCAGAGGAUUCGGAUUUGAGGUGGCGCGUUGGAUGGCCGAGAAUGGAGCAAAGUCUAUAGGACUGAUUGGUCGUUCCAAGCUCUCAGAUACCGAGUAUCAAAAAGUACGAGAUUUAGAGACGAAGACAGGUGCAAAGUUCUAUACGUUUCAGAUUGAUAUCUCCAGCCGAGAGCAAAUGUUUUCCUUACAAAAGCAGCUCCAGUCUCUUCCAAGUGUAGCUGGAAUAGUACAUUCUGCCAUGGUUCUCCGAGACGAAUACAUCAAAGAUUGGAAAUUUGAAAGUUUCACGGAAGUUAUGGGUCCUAAGAUCAAAGGUUCCUUUUUACUACACCAAAUGAGUUUGGAGAUGGAUCUAGAUUUCUUUGUUAUGUUCUCAUCUAUGGCAUCUGUUGUUGGAAUCGUGGCAUCUUCGUCAUACUCAGGCUGUAAUGCUUUCCAAGAUUCUCUUGCCCAGUAUCGAAGACAGGUACUCGGUUUGCCCGGACUUUCGAUAAACUGGGGACCAAUCAGUGGAGCUGGUGUGAUGGAACGGCAGAGUAAUAUUGCAAAAUUGAUGGCAGUUGGAGGACUGGGCUUCAUAAACGCCAGAGAUGGAGUCAAUCUGAUGGCCAAGGUUUUGACCGAGGAGCCGAGCCGUUUCCAAAUCUCUUUAUUUGGUGUGGACUGGCCUCGGUAUAUUAACAGUAAUACCGGACUACAAAAUACGCCCCGACUCUCAAUGUUCACCUCAGAAAUCAGUGUUUCUGAGAGCCAAACUAACACAGCAGAGUCUUUACUGCAAAGAAUUCGGUUAGAGAAGGACCCAGAUAAGAAAGGCGAACUUAUCGUUGAGUAUGUUCGCAUCUCGGUUGCGGAAUUGACAGGCAGUUCAUCGCUUUCAGAGACGGAUCUAAACAAAAGCUUGUAUAGCUAUGGUAUUGACUCCACUGCAGCUUUGACUCUGAAGAUGCUGCUUGAGUCAAACUUGCAGGUCUCUUUUGAGGUUUACUACUUCAUGCAGCCUGACACUACUACACUAAAAAUGGCCAAGGACAUCAGUGCCAGGCUUCGUGGAAAAGCAAGCAGCCCGCAGAAUAGCGAGAGCCAAGAAAGUGCACCCGGACAAACUCAGUCAUCGGAGGAAACAAAUACUUCAGACAUGCCGUCCAAGAAGGAGGUUCAAGUCUUACCUCUUUACACUCCUGAGGGAUCAGCAAUAAAAUUCUUCUGUGUUCACCCUUCACAUCGCUACGCGUUGAAUUUGGUUCCCAUUUCUACCGGAUUUCAAGGACAGGACUUAGUAUCCUUUUAUGCUCUGGGCUUUACUGAUCCUACGGUCAUCAGUGAGGACUGGGGUGGAGUGCGUGAGCUUGCCGCUCAUUACGUUCAGCUGAUCACCAACGAACAGCGCCAUGGACCGUACUUUCUCGGGGGAUAUUCAUAUGGAGGACUUGUAGCGUACGAAAUGGCUUCCCUGUUAACAGAACAGAAUCAUAGGGUGGAGUUCCUUGUAAUGAUUGACACAUUUCCUUGGUCACUGCGUUCACGGACCAUAACCACUCGGUUAUUUUCCGCGAAGGAAGACGGAUGGUUGCCAUCGCGACAUGUUCAGCUCCAAUUCGAAAGCUACUUGGAAAAGCUUGCAGUAGACUCCCUAAAGAUGAAUGUUGACGAAUAUAAACAAAUUAGAGAUACACACACUCAAGACUGGAUCAUUGAUGAGUUGCAGAAAAGAAGCCUUACGAAAGGUCUUACCACCUACAAUUUAAGGACCCUAAGAGAAGCUCUUCUGAGGAAUCAAACCUUUGCCAAUAGGACGCAUCAAGAAUGGCAGCCUGCUGAAGUUCGCUAUCGAGGUCCUCUCACAUUCCUCAGAUGUCAGAACAGCAGAUUUUUCCCCCGUAAUCCCACAUCACGGGGCAUCGGGGAAGAAUGGAGUCAGUUGGUAGAUGAAGGUACCACAGUACUCGUGUGCCCUGGUGACCACUACUCCUUAAGUGAGUUACCUCAAGCACAAGUAACUGGUGGUAUCCUUGCAACAGCCCUGGGCUUCACCUACCGCAUGUUGUUUCCAGAAUUCCCCACACCUCCCAGAACGUUCAACCAAAGACGUGCCGUGGGGAAACUUUCUGGCGGUGUAGGCGUGUUCCUUCACUCAAAAAAAGGCAACAAAAUGCCGCAUCAUGGAAUGCUAUUUUUCCAUGAAGAUGCCCACAAACUUGAGCUGAGAUCAAAACCUGGCGAAGAAGAAGGAAUUCAAAACGAAAAAACUAAAAAGAUCAUUGAUCUGAAAGAACUUCGCAUGGUGCAGCCGGGAAGGUUUGUCUCCAGUGCCCUGAAGUAUACCUGGCGAAAACGAAGAGUUGGAGGUUAUGAAAGUGGAAAUUUGGGACACAUUGCUUCUGUUGCAAUCAGUCGCCGCGUGUAUAAUUUGGAAUUUUGUGAUUAUUCCGACUUGAAAGCGUUUUACGAUAUGGUAGAAGCUGUGUUCGCUGUCAAGCUAUUGACUAUCUAGAAAUGUAGUCGUGAUAUUCGGUAGUAUUCAGGAAUGAAUUUGCUAGUUUGAAGUUUGAAGUAUCAGUGUCAACGGACACUUAAAAUUUAAUUAUAGUUUCUACCUUUUUUAUCCGGCCUACAUUAAGGAACUGUGCUCAAAAAACAUCGAUAAAUAGAUGAAGAAACCGUUUUUCAACUUAGAUUUGACAUGUUAAUCGCAUCCUCGUUCGACGACCACUCCUCAUCCUUUGCGAUAAUAUCGAUAGAUAGAAUAUAACGUUUUGAAAUAUUUUUUAUUGGAAAAGUUGAGAAGCACUGGACCAAUUUAUGAAAACGGAAUGAUUUAAUUGACAAGAAGCUUGCGUAGUAACCUUUUCCUCAGUUAAGCCAAACAAGAGAAGUGUUGGCUGGGCAAAAGUAAUGUGCAGGCUUGGAUGAAAACUUCCUAUCGCCUUUUUAUUUUCCUCCCCAUUCCCUCUUGUUCCUUGUGCUUGGACAAAAAGAAACGGAAAAACGAAACUUCUGCAGAAGCAUGAAUACCUCGUUAUUGGAACUAACUUUCAUCGUGUACGAAACCUUCAAAUUUACCUUUGGAUGAUUGAAUUUUAAAAGAAUGUCAUACACUUUCCUUUUUGAGGCCCCAAAUUUGGGUGAUAAUAAUUCUGUAAACUUGAUAAACUUCAUCAGGAUGUUACAACAAACAGACCUUUUUUUUUUUUUGUUUCAUAGCCUCACUUGAGGCUCUCGUUUCCUUUCUAAUAGGUAAUAGCGUUUCAUUGGCCCUGGUAUGAAUACAUUUAAUAAAUCUGUAACAUGCAAAUU